AUGGCUACAAGUAUAUCAGUCGAGAAGAUUAGUGAAGAACUACUGAAAUGUCCGGUCUGUUUGGAGCGUUACAAUAGACCAAGAAUGUUGCCAUGUCAGCAUUCCUUCUGUGAACAGUGUUUGGCGAAAUUGUUUGUGCAACGUGAACACAGGUGUCCAGUUUGUCGAAGUCCUUGUUCAGUUGAACGCGUUGAGCAACUGCAAUCAAGUAUGCUGAUAAAUACAGUUCUUGUAAUGGUAAAGGAACAGAAACUGAAGACUGGUGUCCAAUCAUGCACACUUCAUGAGAAACACACUGUUGAUCUCUACUGUCAAGCGUGCCAAACACCCAUUUGCCGCAUAUGCAACCAAUCUGGCCACAGUGGACAUCGAGUUAUCGACAUGAACGUCGCAGUCGAUGAGUUCCGUGGUGUAGUGUCUUACUACAUUGAUACAUGGAAAGAAAAACAGAAAGUCGCACAUCAAAACAAAUCACAAGCGAUGAAAAGAUCCGAAGUCCUGAAGACAUCCCACGCACGAGAACAACGGAAGAUUACUAAGCACGCACAUGACACCAUAUCUAAACUAAAGAAGUUGAUUAGUCAACAAAUGGACAAGAGGUUGAGUGAAUUAGGUUCGAAAUAUGGUGUAAUGAAUGAAGAGAUCAAGAGACAGAUUCGUCAGUUUGAAACAACUGAGGAAUUACUCACAAGUACAACAACGUUCAUGGAAAAUUUAGUGAAAUUUGGCAAUGCUGCACAGAUUAUGAAGGAUAGCAAGGACACGCUUGAUCAGUUGCAAACCAUGACAUCAGUGGAAGCGAAGUGGAACGAGGUAGCUAAUUCCCUCCCACGUUUCAAACCUGGUGACAUAAAGCUGCAUGGAAACCUUGGAACAUUUGAAGAUCAACACACAUCGUGUUCUAUUCAGAAACCAGAGAUUGUAUUAGCAAGCAGCACAGAACAAGGAAAUGGGCGUAAUUACCAUGGUGAAUCGGCCAGUUAUAUUCCGAAUAUCAGCAACUGUGAUAAUCAUCAACAUGGACCUCCUGGAACAUUCACACGAAGAAAUACAACGAGCAUUGGUGAAGAUGAAGACCUCCAAAGCGAAUCUAAUGAACGACAUGAACGCAGUGAUACAAGCACGACAGAUAUUUCCAUUCCAAAGUUCGGUAACAUACAAAGAAAUGUGGCAGGAAGUCACGGUUUUGCAGAACGUACACAGCCACGUCCCAGGCGCGUGAGUAGUAGCGUUGCAGAACGUAUUAGACAAUUUGAACAAAAAUUUUCCAGUAAUAAUUAA